GGACCCGGGACCCGCAGCAGCUGCGCGCCCCGCCCCGCGGGCUCCUCCCCGCCGCCGCGGCCCCCAGGCUGCUGCCCCGAUGCGCUGCGCCCGGAGCCCGGGCCGAGUCGCCGCUGCAGCUGUUGGGGCGCCCGGGCCGGGUGACGCCACCGCCGCCCGCGCCCCUUCCAGACCCCGCUGUCCGCAUGGAUCCCCCGGAGGGCGCUGGUCCCGGAGAGAUCAUUAAGGAGGUGGAGGCGCCACAGGCUGCCCUGGGUGUCCCAGCUCAUGGAACAGAGGACAGCUGCCAUACACCUGUGGCCGAGGAGGAGGUGGGCAUCCCAAUACCAGCACCAGGGCUCCUGCAGGUCACGGAGAGGAGGCAGCCCCUGAGCAGCGUCUCCUCUCUGGAGGUCCAUUUUGACCUCUUGGACCUCACUGAACUAACAGACAUGUCAGACCAGGAGCUGGCCGAGGUCUUUGCCGACUCUGACGACGAGAACCUGACCAGUGAAUCCCCGGCAGGUCUGCACCCACUGCCUAGGGCUGGCUGCCUGCGUUCCCCCUCUUGGACGAAGACAAGGGCUGAGCAGAACCGUGAGAAGCAGCCCCUCAGUGACCCAGAGCGACAGGCUGCCAUUGUGGACACGUUUCUCACCGUGGAGGGACCCAAGGAGGACUAGCCAUCUCCAUCAGCUCCAGAGACACCACAGGCCUGACGCUGGACCACCACCGGGAUGGCAAAGCAAGACACUCCAGACCCAGGACACUCUCCGCCCCUCCACCCCGCCCCACAAGCCUUCUGACAUCAGGUCAGGGUAGGGUUGCCAGGGCAGGCCUCAGGUCACCCCAGCACAAGCACAGCCCAGUGGCCUUAUAUCCAGCUGGUUUCCGGGCCCUGGAACAGGGGCCAUACCACCUGGAGUCACUGCUUGAGGAUGAAGCAAGGAAUGAACAAUGGUGGCUUAGGCCUUCUGAAAACUUCCGUCUGUAGCAGCAAUGCUCUUGUCUAUAACAAGAUUCCCCAGCAGGCUUGGGUGAGGGGGACCCAAGUCUAUGAAAGCCACUCCAAGACCCCCUGGGGUCUCCGAUCUCAGCAUCUCUUCAUGCCACCAAGCUUGGAAGCCACAGGUGGUUUGGCAGUGGCUCCCGGGGCACUAUGCCCCCGCAGGCCAAGCACUGGGGGGCUCAGUCCAAAAACUUUCACCCUGAUUUCAACCUUGUUCCCUCCAUCUGCCCA